AAGGCGUGGCGAGACGUAAGGGGACGUAGCCAAAAUGGCCGCGCGCAUGAGUUUCUCCCCGGUACAGAGUGGAAGGGUCCGCGUUCAGGGAGACGUUCGGAUCUGGAGGGAAAGAACCCGCAAAACAUGAGCGUUUUGCUGGCUCUGAUUCUUUGUGGUUAUCAGGUUCCUGCAAGUCAUCCGGGGCCCGGUCCGGAUUCCAGGCUAAACAUGGUGGUGAUGAGUAGCCUGAGGGUCGUUCUUCAAGCCUCUCCAUGCAAGUCACUGUGGAGAAGAUUCCAGACCCCCAGGUUCGUGCCAGCGAGGCCCUGCAGCCUCUACACCUGUACAUACAAAAGCCGGAACCGAGCCCUGCACCCGCUGUGGGAGAGCGUGGACCUGGUCCCGGGGGGCGAGCGCCAGUCGCCCAUCAACAUCCGCUGGAGGGACAGCGUCUAUGAUCCUGGCUUAAAACCGCUCACCAUCUCUUACGACCCGACCACCUGCCUCCACGUCUGGAAUAACGGGUACUCUUUCCUGGUGGAAUUUGAAGAUUCUACAGAUAAGUCAGAGGAAGUGAAGCUCCCUGAAGUUCACUGCUUUUGCCAGGUCACACAGCUGACUGCUGGAGAACUGAUGGAAAAUCAGCAGACCACACUCUGUGCAAGGCCUCUGAGCUCCUGGAGACUUCAGCAGGUGCUGGCCUCCUGCAAGGUCUGGAACUGCACAUCAUGAAGAGCUACAGAAGUUCGUGGAUACUGUGCCGUCAGUUAAGCAUAAGGACACCCUUGUGGAAUUUGGGUCAUUUGAUCCUUCCUGCCUGAUGCCUGCCUGCCCAGAUUACUGGACCUACUCGGGGUCCCUGACUACCCCGCCACUCUCCGAGUCCGUCACCUGGAUCAUUAAGAAGCAGCCCGUAGAGGUUGAUCACGAUCAGGUACGUUCUUUCCACAUUUCUUUCUGAGGACACGCUAGCCUGCCCCUUUGAAGCAAGGCUGGGCUCCAACUUUGGCAUCAGUUGUUAAGAUCUCGUAGUGCUAAUACAUGUUUAUUGAGAUGUGCUAACAUCUUUUCUCAGUUUGGAAUCAAUUUGGAGAUACUUCAAAUUAACCAGAGACAGGCAUUAAGACCUAGAAGAACAUAAGCUUUUUGCUUUCAUUUUUGACAGUAAUGUGUAUUUUGCUAUAUAUGCGUGGUGUAGAAUUGCUAUAAAAAAGUAAGAUCUUUAAAUGGAAAAAAAGAAGGCUGGAAAUGGAUGUGUUCGAACCAGUUUGAUAUUUAUUUAUUAUUGAAGUACUUACUGUUGAUACGUAGUGUUACAUUAGUUGCAUGUGUACAACACGGCGAUUUGACAACCCGGCAUGUUAUGCUGUGCUUACAAGCGUAGUUCCCGUCUGUCACUUGACCAUACAAGUCUGGUACAAACCCACUGACAGUUUUCCCUGUGCUUUUUCCCUGUCAUCCCCAUGACUUAUGAAUUGCCGUACUGGAAGCCUUGUACCUCCUACUCCCCUUCACCCAUCUUCUCCUCCUAAUCCCCCCUCCGCAGUAUUCCCCUUUCCUCUGCCAACUGUCAUACCGAGUUUGUUCUCUGUAUUUGUGUAAAAAGCCUUAAUUUUCUUAAGAGAUACUUACUGUGGAAUUUCAAGGUAAGGACAGAGCCCAACAAUGUCUACACAGAAAUUUUAUUCUAAGUCAGAAGUUUUGACUUUGAAGUUUUGGUAUUUGCUUUGCAUUUAGAAAUGAAAGGUUAAGUGGUGGUUACUAUGUCAACACACAGAACGUUUAAUUCAUAAAUGAACUAAACUGUAAUAAUAAUUGCUUUCACUUGUUUGUUUUGAAAUUUUAUUGAUUAAAAAUUUUUUCCAAAGACAAAA